AACAUACCUAGGUUCCUGCCUGGAGGAUUUGGUGAUCCCCUGCUACUAGACACGGAAGCCUGUUAAGCGAAAGCUUCUUCUAUUCCGUCCACAACCAUUUGAACCAUUUGAGCCACUGUGCAUUGCAGAAACACGCGGUCAUUUGAAAAUGUCUAGUCUGACUGUCCUGAUUAAGAAACAUGUGCCACUAAUAAAGUUCCGCAGUCAGUUGAAAAACUCCAUAAACAUGUAAUUUGUACGACUAACAUAUGUUCUCUUCAAGUUCGAGAAAUUCUGGGGAUUCACAAACUCGCAUCAACUCAACUUUUGUUGUGAAGUCAUCAGUGCCUCCAGAGUUGGCAGUAGAAGCCUCUCUUAUUAACCCGAAGUUUCGGAGGAAAAGGAUAACGGAUGAAGAAGUUGCUUUUUAUGAGAGAGGCUUUCUCGCUGAAUAAUCAAAUGAUGUAGCAUAAUUGAAGCGUACCAAUUCUGCCUCACCUGCGGUUAGCUGACGCUCUCUAGUAGCAAGUUCAAUGAGUGUAUUGCGCAAUUUUUCCUCCAGAGCUUGAUAUUCAGAAAGCUAAAUGUACGUAGAGUGAGAUAAAGAGCAAAUUAAAUUGUCUCAUUUAUGCAAAAGAACUGAUGAAGAGACAUAGUAUUUAUAUUGCAUUAUACUUAGGAAUAGUCUCCGUCGUAUCAGUCAAGCAUAAACAAUAUCGGUUCUGAGACAAAUAUUCAUCGACGAAAGAUGUCACGGUCUGCGUCACCACAAAAAGAAAUCGACCGCAUGAAAAGCAGGCUUAAAUAGUAAUAUCAGUUGUUGAAAAUUAGGAGUAAUAUUAACAUUGAUAGCUCUGAGGGAGGUUUCUGUAUUACUUUAUUUAUGAUUUGAAGCUCCUGACAGCAGAAAUUAGUACUAUGUUGAGCAAUGCCAUAUCUAGGUCUUGUGUUCCCCCCAACGUACCCUUAUCUUAGUCUAGGUAGCUCUUCGGGGUAGGCGGUAAUUUGUUAGAUUUGGUCAACGGGGAUUCACCGACCCAUUAUGCACAACCAGGAGAUAUAGAAAACCAUUGGUCUAUGAAUGUGGUAAAAAGGUAAAUCUUAUUCUAAAUUUUGUGUUGGGUCAAUUCGUUUACUUAAUUGGGACAAAUCAGCUUGUAUUGUAAGGGACUUAUGUGGCUAACAUGUUUUAUGGUGAGCUACGUUACCUCAUUGGUUGGAUUGUGUUUCAUUUGGUCGGACAAUUAUAUUCCCAGUAUCCUUAGUUAGAACUUUAGGACUAAAACAUGUACAGUAGUAUACAGUGACUAAUUUGAUAAACUGAAAACAAUUAAAUUGUGCUUCAUUCUAACCUCCCUAUGUUUCUAUCAGUCGUAAUUGAAUGGAAUAAAGCUAGGUCGUUCAUACGAUUGAUUCAGUCGUCACUUAAUGUUCUUUUGUGUAACAAGAUUUCAAUCAUGAUGGAUUGUCUUAUCCUUGACACUGAUAUUAUUUAGAAGUAGUUUUCAGUAAAAGAAUUUAAUAAUUAGUGUUGUAAAACACCAGUUAUCAUAAGGGGCUGCGGGUAAUGAAAACGUAUCAUAAGUGUUGUAUUCAUUUUUCGUAAUCAGUCAUAAUCAAUUGUAUCCUAGCCCAGGUCUUAGGUACAGCUAUACGAAUAAGUACUGGGUCGGAAUAACAGUAUUAUCAAUGAUAGUGAAAAUUAUAUAAUAAUAAUAUGGUUCUAAGAAAAAGAAGAAUUGAAAGCACAAAAUAAUACUCAAGACUUAAGAGGAAAUUAAAUAUGGGUGCAUCUGCGCGCCUGUGAUCCCUUCUGAGCCAUGCUAACCAACGAUUGGUCGCAGCUACCGCAUGGACCACGGCCAAGUAGUCU